UUUUUCGUGAAAAAUCUUCAAAAUUCAUAAGAAAUUUAAAGUUUUAAUUAUUUUUAAAUUUCUUCAGAGUCAAGUGAAUUUUCGGAUAUCAUCAUGAACGCGUUCGAAAUCGAAUCUAAGCUUGAAAAAGAAAAAAAUGAAAUUUCGCUUUUCAAAGACCGCGUUGAAAAAUAUCAUGAACUCACAAGUUCGAUGUCAACCAUUCUAAACUCCUUCGAGAAUCGUUUAGGGAAAUUAGAGACGACAAUUCUGCCAGUUUAUAACGUCACGAAGAGUUUACAGCAGAAACAGCACAAUUUGGAACAAACAAUUGCCGGGCUGGAUACCGUUUUGUCGCAUUAUGGCGCCUCGCAGGACACUUGCAACUUGAUUCACUUGGGUCCGAACGAAUGUGGCAUCGCUGCGUUCUUGGAAGCCUUGGAUAAGCUGAAAAAAGCGAAAGAUUAUUUUUUGAAUUAUAAUGAUCAGAGUGUUGAACUGCAAAAUGUCACGAGUUUGUACAAUACCGGCUGCGAAACGUUGAACAAUUACUUCAAAACUGUCGUAAAAAAGCAUUCGAGUCCCAUGAGACCCGUGGAUUUGCUCGAUUUUAUCUACAUUGAAGAGGAUAGUUCGAACGAAGAUUGUCCCUCGAUGAAACAAUUCGCUCCGACGGCACGGGAGGAGUUGGGGAUCAUCACGGCGUGGCUUGAUAACAACUUACGACGCGAAUAUGUGCAAAUUUAUGGCGACGAAAGGUCCGAUGUGGUCUCGAAAUCGCUUCAAUUGCUCAAAGAUCAUCAAAAAAGCGGCAGUUGGGGCAAUGAACAGCUUGGAAGAGCAAAAUAUCGCGAUGUAACUCCGUCGAAAAAGACAACUUCAGCACGACUUCAGUCGAUUUUCGAACGAAAAGCGAACAAAAUGUUGCAAAAAGCGUCGCAAUUCGGUCAAACGGCGUUAAGGAAGAAUUCUGUCUACGGCGAUACUUUAGUUCCGGAGGAAUAUGCCAACGACACGGAUCAAGAUUUGGAGAAAUAUCUCGUUUUGUUGCUCGGUUUGCAAAAAUUGCUGCUUUGGGAGCGACAAUUGAUGAAAGAUAUCAUUCCAGCGACCCGUGCGGGGGAAGUUUUCAGUCGAUUGGCUCAAAAUAGCAUCGAAAUGGUUGUCAGAGAUGCGGAAAAUAUCACGACGAAGGUCCUGAGGAACAUUGCACGCAAAGAAUGGUCCGCGGCUUUGGGAAUUUUUUCAGCUUUGAAGCACGUGACACUCUUAACGCCCGAUAUUGAGAAGACUUAUGACCAAACGCAGCGUCAACAAUUGCUGAAUGUGCUUGGAAAACUACAACAAACGGGCGCCAAGGCUUUGGAACAGUUUAUUGAGACGGUAAAAGGUGAUUCGGGCUCGAAUUUGAUGACAACAAGCACUGUAGGCACCGGAGUUCCUAAAGACGCGACAGUUCACGAGUUGACUUCGAAUGCAAUUUGGUUCGUCGAGCACUUACAAGAUCACGUCGACUCCAUUGGCAGCAUUUUGAUUAAUGAAACUUCUUAUAUUCACAUUUUGGAGACCCUUACGUCGCAUAAACAUUUCACGCAAGAGCAAAAAAAUAAAAUUUUACUCGGGAUUUACGUUAGAAAAGUUCUCACAGAGCUGAAUUAUACGAUUGUAGCGAAAUCUGAUCUCUAUAGCGAUCCAGCGACGAAGCAGAUUUUCAAGUUAAAUAACGUUCAUUAUAUUUUGAAGUCGCUGCAGCAGUCAAAUUUGCUGGAUUUGAUUUCGAUUACGGAAACUGACACCGAAAGUCGGUACAAUAAGAUGAUUCAAGAGCUGAAACAGGCGUAUCAUGCGUCAUGGGGGCGAUUAUUGGGAGCGUUGAGCUUGGAUGACAUGCCGAGACCCGUUAAUGGGAAGUGUAAGGAGAAAGAGAGGCAAAUUGUGAAGGAUCGGUUCUCGACGUUUAAUAAGGAAUUGGAAGAAGCGGUGAAAAUUCAGAGGAAAAUUACGAUUCCAGAUGUCAUUUUGAGGGAGGGGAUUAAAAGGGAUAAUUUGGAGAAUAUUAUUCCGGCGUAUAAUGCGUUUUUUGAACUGUUCCAUGACUUGCAAUUCUCGAAAAACGUGGACAAAUACGUGAAAUACCGAACAACGGAUGUCACUGAGAAGCUCAACACGUUAUUCGACGACACCUACUAAUUAACACAAAAAUAACUAAUUAUUAUUUAAUCUAACAACAGUAUGCCUUAAAUUCCAGUUAUUCAAAAAAUAGAGAA